AUGGCGCUAUCUACACACCGCAGUUCACAUGUCAUCGGCAUCCCGAGUCUUGGUCAGAGUCCACAUACCUGUGACAGUCAGUGGUGCUGGAAAACGGAACCCAUCGAAGCAACUGCCGAGCGGGCCACCGCAAAGAUCAACCGUCUGCGGGAUAAGCCAACCGAACCUAGCAACAGCAAGAUGAAGCUGCUACCGAUACCGUUGUCACCGUUGAAUCCUCCCGCACCGCUCGGAAUAUGGGGAUCGGAUUUACUCUGGCGGUAUCCACCGGCACCACCCAGUCCGUUGGCUGACCUCAAGACUCAACUGCCGCCUCAGCUGAACACCGACCCCCGAAUUUGGGGCCGCGAGGAGGUUGCCGUAUUUCUACGGUUCUGCGAGCGGGAGUUCGAUCUACCCAAGUUCGACCUGGACCUGUUUCAAAUGAAUGGCAAAGCUCUCUGUGUGCUGACAAAGAACGACCUGGCGGAACGCAGCCCCGGUGCCGGAGAUGUCCUGCACAAUGUUCUGCAGAUGCUCGUUCGUGACGCUCAGACUCUACAUCGCCAUCUGCCGAGCAGUCCCGUAACUCCGACUAGCCGAUAUCCCCUGUCACCUCACAGCCACCCUCCCACACCAAAUUGGAGCGCUCUGGCACCUCCCGAUAGUCCCUUCUUCCACAAUAACCACCUGCAGCAGUUCAUGGCCGCAUCCAACUCCGUUACCCUUAGUCCAGCGCCAUCUAUUGACUCACAAGCCGGAAGUCCUCCGCAAAGUCACCAAGAACAGCUACAAAACGUGUUCCAGAAAUCAUCCAGCAGCAGUAGCAGUACUCACACGCAAAACAGCAACUCCGGAGGAAGCAGCAACCAAUCCGACUCCGACGAGGACAACACAACUGCCAGAUACCAUCCCCUUCCACUGUCCCACCCGGAUAGCAAACUUCCACUGCUCACCCAGCAGAAUCAAAGCCCUCCACUAACUCCAAUCUCCAAGGAAACGCAACAUCUCGGCCAGUUGCAGUUGCUCGAUACCAAGACACUCCAAUAUCCGGUAUCGUCCCUGUUGAACAACAGCUCCAGCACAAACAGCAGCAACGGCAUCUCGAGCACCAGCAGUAACGGAAACUCCCAUGGAAGCAGCAAUGGCAACUCCCUUACCAGCAGCUCUUCGGGAGCAUCCAACGGCCAUUCACUCAACCUGAAGUCACCGACUCUGUCGUCACCAUCCAGUUCGUCCCCUACCGGAUCUUCUUCGGCACCCAACACGCCUGGAGCUUUCCUUCCAGUUAAGCGGGAGUUCUUCCCUGACGGGCCCGAACCUAACACAAAUGGAAGGUUACUGUGGGACUUCCUGCAGCAACUGCUGAACGACCCGUCGCAACGCUACAGCAGCUACAUUGCGUGGAAGUGCCGUGACACCGGGGUCUUCAAGAUCGUCGAUCCCGCCGGAUUGGCCAAGCUAUGGG